ACGCUUCCCCUCGAACAUCUUGGACGGAUGGCUUAUGUUGCCGUAGAAUCAGACGAUCGAGUAGAGGACCCGCGGCUCGAGUACAACUCUUUCCUCCCAGAUGAAAAUGCACCUACGCAAACUACGCGAGCACAAGGCGUUAAUGCGAGUCGAGGGUAUAUUCAGGACGGGGCGAAGACCUCGACGUCAUUCUGGAAUAUAGAGUAUUAUCAAACACACUUUGACGUGGACACCCAAACUGUCAUCUCUCGCUGUCUGACUACUUUAUAUCCAUUAUCCCCCACAUACAAAUCCGCCCACCUAACUCCUUCUCCUGAUCUCUACGGGCCAUUCUGGACGCUCACAACCUUAAUAUUCACGCUUUUUGUCACAUCAUCUCUUGCUUCCUCCAUCUCUUCCUACCUUUCAGCACAAGAAGUGACCUAUGACUUCACGUUAUUAAGCGUUGCGGUCGGGCUGGUGUAUGCGUAUGGUGUUGGGCUGCCGGUCAUUCUCUGGGGCUUACUAAGAUAUUGGGGUAUUGUUGGUCCUGGGGGCGAGGGAUGGGGUUUAGUGGAGGCGUUGAGUGUGUGGGGUUAUGGGAUGUUCGCUUGGAUUCCUGUCUCGGUCUUAUGUGUUAUCCCUGUCCCUCUGGUCAGAUGGGUCCUGACUGGCAUUGCAUUUGUCCUUUCGGGGUAUUUCCUCGUCGUAAACUUCUACCCUAUCCUUGCCUCCGCAGAUGCCAAGCCCGUGCGGCUUCUCAUCGUCGUCGUCGCAGCCCUCCACGCAGCCCUCGCGCUCGUGUUCAAAGUGUUGUUUUUCAGCUACUACGUGGUGCAUGAAAUUGGGGUGCCAGAUCCGAUUGGAACGCGGUCCUGAGCACCUUUGAUCGACGAUACUGAUCGACUUUCGUACCGUACAAAACUGAGAAGUGAAUUUUAUUCGUGCCG